AUGGUACCAUCAUCAAUAUUCUCACAUCGAAUAUUAUCGGCAAUAAAUUCACCACAUUAUCAAAGAGUUUCAUCAUUUGUUAGUAAUGAAUAUGCAAAAGCUAUAUCUGCACAUAAAACAGCAAUAUCGUCAUCAUCAUCAUCUGAUCUAUGUGAUUUUGCAUUUGGUAAUCCACGUGAUAUGGCAUUACCUGCAUUGAUAUCGUCAUAUCACAAAUAUGUAGAACCAUUAAAUCCUGAAUGGUAUGCUUAUUGUACUAUAGCGAAUGUUAAUACACAACCUUCGCGUAAAAUUAUUGCAUCAAAUUUAUCGAAAAAAUUAUCACGAUUAUCAUUUGAAUAUGAAGAUAUUUAUUUAGUAACAGGAAAUUUUGGUGGAAUUUAUACAUGUUUAUCUAUGUUGUUAAAUAAAGACGAUGAAGUCAUAGUUCCUAUUCCAUCAUGGUUUUGUUAUGAACCAAUGAUAAUAGCAUGUCAAGCUAUAUUUAUUGAAGUUAAUAUAAAUAUGAAUACCUAUGAUUUAAAUAUUGAUCAUAUAAAAAAUAAAAUAAAUAAUAAAACAAAAGUACUUAUCAUUAAUUCACCUCAUAAUCCAACAGGUAAAAUAUAUUCAUUGACUACAUUACAAUUAUUAUCAAAUAUAUUAUUGGAUGAAUAUCAUAAACGUCAACAAAAAUAUGGUCCUGAUGCUCAACCUAUAUGGUUAAUAUCUGAUGAAGCAUAUAAUCAUAUACUAUUUCAUAAUAAUGAAUUUAUUUCUCCUGCUACAGUAUAUCCAUAUACAUUUAUAUGUUAUACUUAUGCUAAAACAUUAUUAAAUCCGGGUACUCGAUUGGGAUAUGUCGCAUUAUCAAAUCAAAUGUCUUUAGAUUAUCGUUUAUUAUUUCGUACAUAUUUACCUCGAACAUUAACAGUCAAUGGAUAUAUGGUACCUGAUUGUGUAACACAAUAUAUGAUACAAGAUAUUGAAACACUCUCUAUUAGUAUUGAUAUACAACAUAUGGAAAAGAAAUUAAAUAUGAUAUUAGAUAUAUUAUUAUCAAUAGGCUAUAAAAUACCUGUAAAACCACAAGGAACAUUUUAUAUACUUGUUAAAUCACCCUUAGAAAAUGAUCAAACAUUUUGUGAACUAUUAUCGAAAUAUAAUAUUUUAUGUUUACCAGGUUCAGUAUGUGGUAUACCUGGAUAUUUUCGUAUAUGUUUGACUGCAAAUGAAGAUAUGAUUGAAAAAAGUCAAUAUGGAUUUAAAGAAGCAUAUCAACAAGCUAUCUCUUCUUCGAACACCGAUAACAAUAUUGAUUUUGUUAACAUUCAAAAUUACACAUAA